AUGACUACUGCUCCCCCAACGAAGCCCAAUGAUAGGCCCUACCAGUGCCCCAUGUGCGACAAGGCCUUCCACCGGUUGGAACAUCAAACAAGACACAUUAGAACACACACAGGGGAAAAACCUCACCCUUGCACGUUCCCUGGAUGCCCAAAGAAGUUUUCCAGGUCUGAUGAAUUGACCAGACACUUGAGGAUACACACAAACCCAACUGUGAGAAAGGGCAGAAAGAAGAAGCGGAAGGACGAAGAACAAGCUGUGGAGUUGCCACCUCAGAAUAACGAGGUACAUCUCGUUCCCAUGGGGAACGAUCAAAUGGGACAACCAAUAUACACGCAGGCGGUUCCUGUUUAUUGGGUUCCAUCUGGUGCUGCAAACGGCGAACAAGGCCAGUAUUUGAUGCCUCCGCUUUUUUCCUUACAACCAAGACAGGUGAUGGCAGGGACUUCUCAAACCAGUUUGAAUGGUGUAGAUGCUCAACAACAGCAGCAGCAGCAGCAGCAGCAGCAACAACAACAACAACAACAACAACAACAACCACAGCAACAACCACAGCAACAACCGCCACUGCAACCACAACCACUUCAACCACAACCACAGGCCCAGCAACAAUUUGGAUUUGCUCAAGAUCAAAGAAACCUGGCACCNGCUAAUCAGCAACAGCACAGAUUCUCCCCACCAUUUUCUGCAUCUUCAAGGACCCAUUCAGCCAAUUCAUUGUUUUCUCUCAACUCAAAUGGAUCCACGCCUUCAGGGUCAUAUCAACAGUUGAACUCUUUAUCUCUUUUACACAGAAUCACUCCAAUCAGGACUCCAAGCAGUAAUAGCCUGUUGACAAAAUCUAAUAACCAGUCGAUGACAUCAAUAGUCACGUUGAGCGACCAACAACAGGAUUUUGUUUCCAGAAAAAAGUCAAGACCCAACUCACCAACAGUUCCAAACUCUCCAACAAUUUCAAACUUGGUCUCGCCCGCUGAUACGCCUUUAACUACUCCGUUGCAAUCGCCUACACUGAAGCCCGCAAUGCCCAGCAACGUACAACUUCCACCAAUAAGAUCACUGUUAAAUUUGGAAGAACUUCCCUCGGAACCAUUGCAGCAACCAGCCAAUGUCUCUACUGACAAUAAAGUGAAGACAAUGUUGAACAAAUCUUCGUCCAACGUCACUUUGAGUAAAUCGUUUUCUUCACAAGACAUUCGUCUGGGGACCAAGAGAAAGUCUGAUACCAACCUCUCUGCAUUAGAUUCUACCAAUGCUAUUCGCAAGCCUGCCCUAUCACCGUUGGCUCCUCUGUCAGUCUCAUCAGAUCGAUUUACCAAGAGAAAGAACAACUUCACGAUAGGCAAUAUCAUGAACUCGGACUCUUGA